GCGGCGGCUUCAGUUGCUCGCGAACCUCCACCGUGGAAGCUUCUCCCCGCGCGUGUUCGUCCCCGCUUUCGAUCGUCGUUUCUCGUUGGCAACGAGAGAUCGCGGAACGCGCCAACGCUACCUAGAAUUCAAACCGAGCUCGACUCGUUAACGUGAUCGUGAUCGUGAUCGUGAUCGUGAUCGUGAUCGUGAUCGAUUCGAUUCGUCGAAAAUUUCGCGACGAACAAACGCCCAUCAAGGGGGAUCUUGAUGAGUGAGGCAGAGUGAAGGAACGUUGUAUCGAACGCGGAGGAGAAUGUGCACGAUUCCGUUCGCGCCGUUUUAUCUGUGCAUCGAGGAAUUCGGCGAGUAAAAGCGACAACGACGACGAACAGGUGGAUAAAUCAUGCGGAGGUGUUUGCUCCUGGUUCUUUGUGCCGCAGGCAUAUCAGCUGUAAUAGUGCAACCCCAUAAUAACAAUAUUGAUCCAACGGCCACGAACAAAGCCAGAGUUGGCCGACAAAAUGAAAGCAUAAGGCGGUACAUGUGCCCUGUAGGGUUCUUCCGAUUGAAAAGAUAUUGCUACUACUUGAGCGGAGGUACGGCACCUUGGAGAGAAGCCUAUUUUCACUGCAAAGAUAGAAACGCCACUCUGGCGAUCCUCGAUAGAAACGGGAAAGAUCGGAUGCUAAGGAAGUACUUGUCGAGCGACCAAUUCACGAAAUUAGAAAGAUGGAUCGGCGGAAUAUACAAUUGGCAGCAAAUGGCUUGGGAAUGGGGAGUGACCGGCGAGAAGGUGGUUUUCCAAAAUUUCGGACUACCUCAGUCCAACAAUUCCAAACAACAAUAUGCGUGGCACUGCAUCACGAUCGAUCCGGCCUUAAGGUACAAAUGGAGUCCACGAAGCUGCGUCGAACGAAAGCACUACGUGUGCGAGGUGCCGGCUGGACGUAUCGCUAGAAGACGUAAGAAAACGACGGACCCUUACGCGCCGCAAAACCAAAGAUUAAAACCGCGGAAGAAGGGUAAGAAGUAUUUGAAGGAACCGCGGAAAUCAAAUAGACAGAACAGACAACGAGGUGAAUGGAGAAGAAGGUACACGGAACAAUAUCCGGAUAACUGGGCACAUGGCGUGAAUUUGGGUUCAAGACCACCUAACGUCAGGGAACUGUAUUCGAGGACUCGAAUGCGACACCAUCCGAACAGAACUCAACCGAAUCAUCCGCAAGUGGCGCAGGUCUUGCCUCGAGACCGAGAAUACGGUGCAUUUCCAGCUGAUGGUCCCAUUAAUGGUCCGCAGAGUCUAACGGCCAUAAGCAAAGCUAUCUCUCAAAUUCCUGACAGAAUCAACAACCUGGCGAGCGAAGAAGUUCUUUUGAAGCCAUAAACAAAACGUUAUUUAUUGUUACUCUUUAACUCUUUAUUUGGUAGCUUUGAUCAUCGAUCAUCAUAUACUUCUAAAGAAAUCACUUUUCAUCUAUGUUUCACUCUUUCUUACGAUACGAUUAAAAAAUUUUAUCAAUCGAGGCUCUCAUUCGACCAAGUAAAGAGUUAUGAUCUUCGUUUCGUUCCGACUUCGUGGGCGAUGAAGUCGUUUCAGACGCUACCGAAGUCGAGCACAGACUGAAAUAUAAUUUACUCAUUUUUAGAUCGGCGAAACAGUCUCUCAUGUUCCUCUCUUUCUAAUCUAGACGUUAGAUUUUCGAAGAUGUACUUGUCUAGUUAGUAACGUUACCUCGAGUCGGUAAAGAAAAUAACUUUCAAUGUUCGUAUAUCGCGUACAAACUUCAUUCGACUCUUUUUUUUUUUUUUUUGUUUAAUUAACAUGCAUGAAACGCGUAUCGUUCGUUAGCGAAUUAUAUUUUUCAAUAUUAGUAUUCGCUUGUUACUAAGUAUUACGUUCGAAGGCAUUUAUACAAGGAGACAUAUUACAAAAUACAAAAGUACAAUUAAAUAUAAAGUAAAAUUAUUUAAAUAUCCGUUCUUAAAAAUAUCGUUUUAAUUAAAUUAAUAUCUCCUUAUGUUUCAUUAUUAUUGAGGAGAUAAUUUUUAAAAUAUGUCUUGGACGAAUGCCUUCGUAAUAUUUUCCAAUUAUGAAUUUCCUUUUUCUCGCGUUAAGUAAAUGUUUAAAACAGUAAUGUAGAUGAUUAUAGUGGCAGACAAUGUAUGACAAAUAGUCAAGCUGCUUAAAUGUCGAUAAAUGUAUGUUGACUAUAUCUAAAUUUUCGAACUACGUCACUACCAAUGAACAAUGCACUGAUUGCAUAUUAAUGUUGUUCAGAAAAUAUCAUAAAAAAUAUAUAUAUAUAAUACUUGAUGCUUAUUUACAUAUUACUUAGGACAAGUUGUCAAUAUAUAGAUGUAAAUUCUACAAGACUCUUAUUUUUUAUGUUUUAAUUUAAUGAUAUUGUAUAUAUAAGUACGAUAGAAUAAAACUUUUUUACCGCCGGAAAGUUUCAGAAUUCAUAAGUUUAUUAUACUUUAAUUAUAAGCUACAUGUCUCGAGAAAUAUUGCGUGAUGUACUUAAACAUUUAUAUUUAUGUACAUUACACUCUCCCGUUUGCAUAUUAUUUUACAUUCGUAUAACUUUAUAAUUAUAAAUUCUAUUCGCCAUUAAGUUGUGUAAUACUUGAAAAUCUACAAUUAAUUCGUGAAGAAUUAACGAUUCUUGUUACAAGAAUUACACACUGCUUUGUUUGCAAAAUACAUUGCUACGCAAAUUAUUGAAAUCUGUCUUCUGUAUUUAACAUGAUGUAUAUUACGUCAAUAAAAAUUCCAUGUCAAACCA